GAAAUGUAUGCUUUCCCUUCAAAAUAUACCUGAAAUUGGCGUUAUUGUUUCCGUGGCUUUUAAUACGCCAAUUGUUUUAUUUUGAAAGCGCCAAAAUGGGAUGUAGGACUUUACGUAAUGACAUCAUCUCUGAAGGCCCUCCUUGUUAGCUGUGACUCGAAGGUUUUUAUUAUUUUCCAUCAGCUUCAUCGGCUAAAGCAGAAACAUUCAACACGGAGGCUACAUUAUGGAAAAUAAUCUCACACGAUAUAAUGUGCAGUUGUAUAUUUAUGAUUUGUCAAGGGGAAUGGCGCGCAACCUCAGUCCGAUCAUGCUGGGAAAACAACUGGACGGUAUAUGGCACACAGCCAUAGUGGCAUACGGGGAUGAGUUCUUUUUUGGAGGGGAAGGAAUCUCCAGCUGUUCGCCUGGUGGAACAAUGCUGGGACCUCCAGACACAGUUGUGGAACUUGGCGAGACCGAAGUCUCGGAGGAGAUCUUCAUGGAAUACCUCUCGUCUUUGGGAGAAAGCACUUACAGAGGUGACAGGUAUCGCCUGUUUGAGCACAACUGCAACACCUUCAGCAACGAGGUCGCUCAGUUCCUGACGGGAACGCCCAUCCCCUCGUACAUCACUGACCUCCCGUCUGAAAUCCUCGCCACACCAUUUGGCCAGAUAUUGCGGCCCAUCUUGGACAACAUCCACAUCGCCCCCCCAGGAGGCAACGUCAUCAACGGAGGGAGAAACCUCUAAACACACUCGGCUCAGUACCACUGGAGUCUCAUCUCAACAUCUUUAACUCCUACAUUUGAUGCCAUACGUCUUGGGAAGAUGAGACAACAUUACGCCCUUUAACCACUAUAUAUAUAUAUAUAUAUAUAUAUAUAUAUAUAUAUAUAU